AGUAUGGUACAUGAAACAUGUGACAGUCGCAGGCCCUGCAUUUGCCAAAGGGAAGAAAGCAAGGAAGCUCGCUCGCUCGUGUAAACACGUGAAGAAUGAAGCGGGAUCGACUUCGCCAAUCGCAAGAACUUCAUACGAGAAACAAUCGAACUUCUUGUCUCAGAUCUUUCUCCAGUGAAGCAAGAAAUCGGAAGAAUGGACGCUGGUGCUGGUGCAAGGGGUGGGGGAGCGCCUCUGGCGUGGAGAGCUCAGACCAUCAAGGUGCAUGCUGUGCAGUGCGCGAAAUGUGGAAAGUUUAGAUCGAUCCCUUGUAAAAGGUUGUACGAACGGAUCAGAGCAGACAUUCUUGAGCGGCCGUGGGUGUGCGAAGAUGCAAUACAAUGGAAUGCAAAAGUGAAUUGUGAACUUCCCGACGCGUUCGAAGGGAAUUCUCACUUUGUGCUGACCAUGGACAAACCUGGGGUGCCUGCAACACCUGCUGGUUGGGACAGGAGUGUUCACAUCAGAGCAGGUCCUGGAAACGAGCACUUCUCCGAUAUUUUCUACUUUGCUCCUGGAAAUGCUUCUGUUUCCGCCCGGCGCUUGAGAUCGAUGAAGGGCGUGGAGAGAUAUAUCGACAAACAUCCGGAAUCGUGUCCCAAAUCCGACGGUUUGCGGAAAGAUCGUUGCGAUGACUUCAGGAGGCACUUCUCGUUUGCUCGACCUAACCCUCCUCACGGUUUCGUAAAGAGGGACAUGCGCUACUGAAGCAUGAAAUCAUUCCUUCGGCUUUUUGUAUUGUCCAGAGCAGAAAGGAGCGACAGUCUUUGGACAACUGUCCAGUUUCAUGAAAAGUGGUCUCUAUAGAAUCGGAAUUUUACCACAGUUUUUGUAGCAGAGUUUUAGGGUGUAGCUGUAGCUGUAGCAGUAAUCAUCACAACACUUUGAAGAUGAUCAGUACGAUGCAUUUUUCCAGUUCUCGGUCUACGCAUUGGGCUCCAUGCACUCAUUACUCCUUUCCAUUGUCAGAUUGAUUUGUUCCAAAGAGAGGAGCGCAUUAUCAUACAUUUGAUUGAUUCGGUCGAAAGUGAGCAUGUGUCUGAUUUUGAAGUUUCCUUGCCAGUGGGAAACAACAGAAGAGGGAAAGAAUCGGGCACAGGAAACAUUAAUCACAAACAAGUACACGGGCAAUUGUACAUUGACAAUCGAGUGAGCAGAAGGGCAUCGAUCUGAGGCUGCGAAAGUGAAGUAGGAAGGCUCAUGCACUGAUUGGCUGAUCCAACGUACGAACAGAAAAGGCGGCAUCCGAUGGCCAAUGGCAAGAAUGGCCUAUUAAUGAAGAAGGACAUCGAUGAAACCAAAGUGGUUGUGAUGAAUGGGAUACAUCUCACAUGGACAAAUGUGAUGUUGCCUAGCCAAUUUCACUCAGUAGUAGCAGUAA